UUUUCAGAAAUAGAGAUACAAGAUUAUUAUGAAAGUUUUGUCAAUAUCAAUAAAAUUGCUUCUAACUUACUUUACUUGUAUACAAGUUAUAAAUUCUACUAUAACUUUGAAAGAUGACGAAAUAAUUGCGAAAAUAGAUGACUUUAUAAAUGGGUUAUUACAGUGUCGUAAUGUACCUGGUUUAAGCUUAGGUAUUGUAAGAAAUGGAAAGACGUUUCUUACGAAAGGCUACGGUGUCAGGAAUAUUGAAAGUGGUGAGCCACUUACCGAAUAUACGAAAUUCAACAUUGCGUCUAUAACUAAAUCAUUUGUCGCUUCAACACUUGCAAAAAUUUUUCAAGAUAGAGAAGAUAUUGGCUUCUCUACUCCGAUAAGGGAUAUUCUGGGCCAAAGUUUUUAUUUGUCAGAUUCGUGUAGAACUAAAUCGAUAACCCUUAAAGACGCCUUGUCUCAUAGAACAGGACUACCAAGAAAUGACGUAAUAAGAUUCUCCACAAUGGAUAAAGAUGAUUUGAUAUUCAGAUUAAGAUAUCUAGACUUCACUAAAGAUUUUAGGGACAGUUAUAUGUACAAUAAUUUAAUGUAUAUUCUUAGUGCACACGUUAUUGAAGCCAUACAGGAUAAUGGUAAAAGCUGGGAAGAAGCUACAAAAGAUUUUAUAUUCAGGCCUCUUAAUAUGACUGACACGACAUUUGUCACAGAUAGAAGUGACUGGGAUAAAUAUGCAACUGGUUAUGGAAAACGUUCCAAGGCGGAGAAUAAAGAAAUUGACUUUGAAAUGGUUAAUAAUGCAUAUAAUACAAGUACUGGACCUGGAGGUAUUGGAUCGAAUGCUGUUGAUAUGGUAAAAUAUAUAAAAUUUCACCUAUCGAAUGGACGAAAUGAAAAUGGGGAAGAAGUGGUUAAAGAAGAGAGUUUUUUGAAAAUUAGAGACCCUGUCGUACCAACACAACCCCAAGGAAAUACAGAUUUGGGAGAUGGACUAAUUGUUUGGUCAGCAAUCCAAUAUGGAAUGGGACUAGUUCGCGGCUACAAUAGAGGUUAUCAAACGAUCCUACACGGAGGUAGCCAAGGGGGCUAUCUGUCUCAAGUUGAACUAGUUCCAAAACUAAAAAAUGGAGUUUUUGUCAGUUCUAACGCCAACGGAGAUACAGGCGCACUUCAUGUGCAAGCCACCACAUUUAUUAAUGAUUUACUAGCUACAGGGGCACCAUGGUUAAAUCUAAGUAUUGCUUGUGAAAGUUCCAAAUCUACUGACAAUUCUCAAAAGAAUAUUCGAGAUACCUUAUUGGAAGACAAUCGUCAACAUUUCUCAACAAAAAGAUCAAGAUUCGUAAAACAGGACAAUCAAAUUUAUACAGGUCAAUACGGAAACUUUGCGUAUGGGAAUAUAACCAUUUACGAAGAAAAUCAAGAUCUUUUCUUGUCAUAUGGUCCAAUACUAAAAUAUAAAUUAGAACCCUUUCCUUUUGAGCAUAUCUUUUUCUGCCAAGGACAAGGUAUAUACUGGAACGCUAAUACGGUAGCUGAGUUUCGAAAUAUACGUGAUAAUAAGGCAACAGAAGUUUUAACGCUGCUUGAACCUAAUUCACCUCCUGUUUUUGUUCGUGAUAGAUUAAUGAGUGAGGCACCUGCGCCCCCCGAACCAUGUGAACUUGAGUACUUCUUUCAGGAUGAUGAAAAGCUUUCAAAUUGCUAUUUUGUUUUACUUUCUCUUUCUAAUCUUCCAAAUGUGACGACCAAUAUUUCUAAGGAUUUAGUAACUAAAUCAUCAACUGAGGCUACGACCACUGAAAGUGCGACAUCUCAAAAUCAAAGAGAAAUGACUAUUUCGCCUAAUUCUACUGAGGCAACCACAGAUACAGGAGUUACUGGAGUUUUCUCUUCGCCGUCUCCUACUUCCCUUAAUUCCACUGUUACUGAAAGUACUGAUGACAAUGUCACCGACUCAAAUACUGUACCGACUGAAAGUUACUCCACCGACAGAACUCCUCAAAGCCCUAUUUCUAUUUCCUCAAGUACAGUUUCUGAGAGUACGGUAACAAAUACUGAAUUGUCGACUGAAUCUGUUACAACCGAAUCUCCUUCAGAAUCUCCCAUUGAUAAGAAAGGUAAAAAAAAAAUGUUAUCGCCAGAUAAAAAAGAAAAAAGCCGGAAAGCUUUAUUGGCCGUUGUGAUCUCGUUCGUUUUUGUGGCUAUAAUAGCCGUCGUAGUUGGAGUGAUUAUCAUGAAACAUAGGAAAAAACAAUAUAGUAAUUUGGGAGACGAUUCUUGCGUGCAAUUUACUAAUCCAUUGCACAGUAAUUUUCAAGAUGCUGCAGCAGUACCAACAAAUCAAAGUUCAGAAGAAAAGCAUGCUGUGAGAUUCGGAAAAUAUAACAAUUAA